AUGCCACCAAGACGUUCAGUUGCCGCUAAGGCCGAGGCCGCCCCUCUUGCCUACAAGCUACGUUACUGUGAUAAGGACAGCAUAUCCCCAAUUUACACUGUUCGGUCUGUUGCGAGGUAUUGUCCAUUCCGAGGUUGCCAGUGGGACGGUAAGCAUGGGGACCUCGAGGCCCAUAUGGGAGACUGUGAUUGCGAUCCCAGUAGAGUGCCGGAUUUCUUAAAAUCGUCAUCCCUAGAUGAUCCAGAGGGUACAGUGGAUGGUGUGGUGAUGGGAGGGGCCCUAGGGUGA